CUUUGGCUCAUGUCAGCAUGGACUGCUUGUGAAAAGACAAAAUACGAUUCAAGUGUUUGCAAAGGAACUGUUAUUGAGGAAUGGGGCAGUUAAAAGCACUUCAAAAAUGUUGACACACGUCUGUUUUCUGCAGCUGAACACACAGUUAAGAUGAGUGAAAACAGCUUUGAGCAGAAUCAGAAGGUGCUGAAGCUGGACACCAUGAAUCCAAACAUUAAACGAGUGGAAUACGCAGUGCGCGGUCCGAUAGUCCAGAGAGCUGUUCAGAUCGAGAGAGAACUUAAAAUGGUUGACACGCGUCUGUUUUCUGCAGCUGAACACACAGUUAAGAUGAGUGAAAACAGCUUUGAGCAGAAUCAGAAGGUGCUGAAGCUGGACACCAUGAAUCCAAACAUUAAACGAGUGGAAUACGCAGUGCGCGGUCCGAUAGUCCAGAGAGCUGUUCAGAUCGAGAGAGAACUUAAAAUGGGUGUGAAGAAGCCUUUCACUGAGGUCAUUAAAGCAAACAUCGGUGACUGUCAUGCUAUGGGUCAAAAACCCAUUACUUUCUUCAGACAGGUCUUGGCAUUGUGCUCUUAUCCAGAUCUUCUUGAAGACGGCAAAUUUCCAGAAGAUGCCAAAACCAGAGCACGUCGCAUUCUUAACUCAUGUGGAGGAGGCAGUCUUGGUGCAUACAGUGCAAGUCAGGGCAUUGAAAUGAUUCGUCAUGACGUAGCCAGCUACAUUGAACAACGAGAUGGAGGCAUCGCAUGUGACCCCGACAACAUUUACCUCACUUCAGGAGCCAGUGAUGCAAUCGUGACGAUGCUUAAGUUACUGGUGUCGGGUGAAGGAGCUAGUCGUACGGGAGUGAUGAUUCCGAUCCCUCAGUACCCCCUGUACUCGGCUGCUCUCGCUGAGCUCGGCGCUGUUCAGAUCAGUUAUUAUCUGGAUGAAGAGAACUGCUGGAGUCUGAACAUCAAUGAAUUAAAACACGCACUACAGGAAGCAAAGCAGCACUGCAGCCCACGAGCGCUGUGCAUCAUCAACCCUGGCAAUCCCACAGGUCAGGUUCAAAGCCGGCAGUGUAUUGAGGAUGUGAUUCAAUUUGCUGCUGCAGAAAACCUUUUCCUCAUGGCUGAUGAGGUAUAUCAGGACAAUAUUUACGCAGACGGCUGUAAAUUUCACGCCUUCAAGAAGGUGCUGUUUGAAAUGGGACCAGAAUACUCUAAAAAAGUGGAGCUGGCAUCAUUUCACUCAACGUCAAAGUGCUACAUGGGAGAGUGUGGUUUUCGUGGUGGUUAUAUGGAGGUGGUAAAUCUAGACCCAGAGGUGAAAGUUCAGCUCACUAAGAUGGUGUCAGUGCGUCUUUGUCCUCCUGUGCCUGGACAAGCUCUUCUAGACGUGGUGGUCAAUCCACCUCAACCAGAUGAACCCUCCUACACCACAUUCAUUAAGGAACGCUCUGAAACAUUAGCCGCACUAGCACAUAAAGCCAACAUCACACAAGAGAUCCUGAAUCAGGUUCCAGGUAUAAAGUGUAACCCAGUGCAAGGUGCCAUGUACACUUUCCCCCAAAUCCAAAUCCCGCCUAAAGCCAUCCUGGAGGCAAAGGAGAAAGGACAGUUUCCAGACAUGUUUUACUGUAUGAAGCUGCUGGAAGAAACAGGCAUCUGUUUGAUUCCUGGCAGUGGUUUUGGUCAGCGAGAAGGCACCUACCAUUUCAGAAUGACCAUCCUUCCUCCAGAAGACAAACUGAAGAUUGUGUUGGCCAAGGUUAAAGAGUUUCACCAGCAUUUUAUCAAGCAGUACUCUUAACCAUUGUCUUACUGACCGACCAAUCAAAUCCUUAGUUUCACAUGUGAAGCUUAAGCACUUUUAAAGUUGCGUCUGCUCAAUGUCUUGACUGUACUGUCUCACAUAAAUGACAUCAGAGCCUUUCGGAAAAUAAAUUAUUUUCUUGGGGAAGAAUUAAAAUAUUAUAUUAUUAAUUACAUUUUAAUAUUAACAUUACAUUUUAAUAUUAAUUUCUGUUAAUAAUUGUUAUAGUAAUUAUGUUUGGUUGUUUUUUAUUUGUUUGUUCACUGUGGUCAUCCUGCUAUUACAUUUUCUGUAUUGAAAGUCAUUUUUUACAUUGUAAACUGGGAAAAGACAACGUUUCCAAAAUAAGAUUGGACAAUCAGUUGAUAGAUCAUUUUAAAAUGUAAUUAAAUACAACUUUACCAAUAAUAAUUCUGUGCUUCAAAGGAAAAUGUUAAUGGUUUACAUAAACUUUAUUUCCAUUAUUUAAAUGGCAAAUAUCUUGCCAUAUACACGGAUGUAAUGUUUGGGAGUAUAAACGGUGCUUUAAAGAUGCUCAGGACUUUAA